AUGAUUGCAGAGUAUAGUGUUGUUGGUAAUAAAUGGCUUUCCACUUUGUUAGAUUUGAGACAUAAAUGGGCCUUGGCAUUUGUCAAGCACGAUUGGUCUGUAAGAAUGAGUAGCACACAAUUGAGUGAAAGCUUCAAUGGUCAAUGGAAGUAUUACCUUUCCAGACAACUCAUUCUACCAGAAUUCUUUACACACUUUGACAGAUUGUUGUCGGACAAGCGGUACAAGGAGUAUGAAGCUGAGUAUGGCUUGGUGGAGAGGCAACCAGAACUAAAAAUAAAGUGCCACAUAUUACGUCAAGCGGGGAAGGUGUACACCAAGGCAAUAUUUAAGCUUUUUCAGGAGGAGUUUUUAGCUGCUCUUGCAAGUCAGUCUGUUAUUAGUUGCAGUGACUUGGAUAACAAUGGACACCGUGUUUAUAAAGUUGCAAGUGAGGAUGUGGUGCAACGUCGUGUGUGCAAGACAUUUAAAGAUGAAUUGUCAUGCUCAUGUUGUAAAUUUGAAAGAGAUGGUUAUUUGUGUAGGCACAGUCUGAAAAUCCUUAAAGAGUGCAUGUUUGUGAAUGAGUUGCCUUCCCGAUAUAUAAUAAAAAGGUGGACUAGAAAUGCUAGAGAUGGUAGGAUGGAGGAAAUUGUUUCCACCGACGUGAAUCUGGAUCCUCAAUUUGAGAUAAGGCGAUGGCAUAGGACGCUUUGUCGUAUACUGACUAAAAUAUCUUUUAUUGCAUCGCACGAUCCCGAAGGAUAUAAUGAACUAUUAGAAAAGGCGUUAGACUGGAAAAGAACAAUACAAAUAACUUGUUGUCUUAGGUUUGCAGAGAAAAUUUUAAGGGGUAAGGGAAAAAUAAGGGUGAAAAGCAACAGUGGAAUAAUUUCCAUGUCCUUGAAAGUUAAAGAUACCUCUAAAGGACGAUUUAAGAGGCUGAAACCAGCCAUAGAGUUAAAUAAUGGGAAAAGGAAGAAGUCAACGAAAGCAACAGGGCAAAUAUCAAAUGAAGCCAUUAUUUUGGGAGACGUCGGUGGUAGCAAUAGUCCGUCAACCCCGACCUACGUGUUAGUGAAUGGUGUAGAAAUUCCCGUCGAAUUUUUGAAUGAAGAAUCUUACGUAACACCACCAGCUAUAUUCCACAACAAACAGCUUAAUAUUGGUGAACCAUGUACUUCAUCAAAUAACCAUGCUGAUAUUGGCGAUCCAGCCAUGUUGUCAUGUCAACUGUUCAAUACGCCCUCUUCAUAUGAUGAAUCAAGUGCUCCACGUUUGGGAGGUGAUGAGUCGAGUAUUGUGAAGAGACUGGAUCGGCGCAUGAAGAGGCUUGAAGCACUAUGGAAUGAUGGGUAUGACAACCAGGUCUUGGAAGUUCUCAACUCCUCUGACGCCAAAAGCGAUGACAGAACCUGA